AUGGCCAACCUAAUCCAAGAAUUCAGCCGCCUUCACGAAUUCCCUCAGUUUCUCGCUCUCCCAGUUGAGAUCCAGGAUUACAUCUGGGAUUUAAACAUCCGUCCACUCCCUGGCGAUAACCACGUGCAGGAAUUUAUCAUUGUCGAUCAUUAUUUCGAUCAGGUUAAUGGCAGAGACAAAAUCCAGGCGGACUUCAUACAUUUUCAACCGAUCGGUCAUCCACGCGAAAUGAAUUGGGGAUUGGCAAUACCUCGCGAGAAUCCACAACGAGGUCCCAACAAUUCGGCAUAUCUUUUAGAUAGCGGGCUAUGGCAGGCUUGCUCCGCGUCUCGACAAGCCAUGGAGCGAUACUUCCGCAGAAAUGAGUGGUGGUCGCAGAUAUCGAAUUCUGAAUCGCCUUCGCCGCUACCGGGCCGGGGAGAUUUUGAAAGCCAAUCGGGGGUAUCUCAUACUGCAUCUUAUACCGACACAGGUGAGGUGGAAAAUUAUAUCACGUUUCGACCAGACAAGGAUCUGAUUUAUUUGGUGGGGCUGGACCCGGUCCUUGGAAUGGAUUGGUUUUAUCAUUAUGCUGGAGACUCGAUACUGCUGGACCGGAAGCCUGUUGAGAAAUCUGCUAUUCAAUCGAGUUUCCUAGGAUAUGAUAUUGCAAUUAAAUUUGCUACUCGAUGGAUAGAUCCUAUACCCAAUGGCAUCGUUGAUAUGAUCUCGGUACUUCACGAUGAGACGGGACGGACCUUGUGGUUUGUGGACGAGCGACUCCACCGGCACACUGAUUUGAGUAAGUGUGGAGGUCAGAACAAGGAGGAUACACCUCAAGGCUCAUCCUCCUUCUCCGACCCACAAACGAAACAAAAAGUGUUCCAUGGCCAGAACUAUAAGCUCACAGAGGUUCGCGAAACGGACAUGCACCUAUGGGAGAUCGUUGACGAAAAAUGGAAUACGCAGCCCGUGCACGAGUUCUUUCGCCGUCUAAUACCAAUGCAUAACGGCCGGCUGGAGAUCGCAGGGUCAGAUAGACUCCGAGUUUUAGCAUAUGAGACUACUCCCUAA